GCCAGCCCGCCCGGCCCGGGGGAGGGAUGCCGCGGCGCGGCGCCCAGGAUGCCCCGCAGCCCCGGGACGCGCCUCAAACCCGCCAAGUACAUCCCGGUGGCCACAGCCGCCGCGCUGCUGGUGGGCUCCAGCACCCUCUUCUUCGUGUUCACGUGCCCAUGGUUGACAAGAGCUGUGUCCCCAGCUGUUCCUGUCUACAAUGGCAUCAUCUUUCUCUUUGUCCUCGCCAAUUUCAGCAUGGCCACCUUUAUGGACCCCGGUGUCUUCCCCAGAGCGGACGAGGACGAAGACAAGGAGGACGACUUCCGGGCCCCGCUAUACAAGAACGUAGAUGUACGGGGCAUCCAGGUCCGCAUGAAGUGGUGUGCCACAUGCCACUUCUACCGUCCACCACGCUGCUCGCACUGCAGCGUCUGCGACAACUGUGUAGAGGACUUUGACCACCACUGCCCCUGGGUCAACAACUGCAUUGGACGCCGCAACUACCGCUAUUUCUUCCUGUUCUUGCUGUCACUCAGUGCGCACAUGGUGGGCGUUGUGGCCUUCGGCCUGGUCUAUGUGCUGAACCACGCUGAGGGGCUGGGAGCUGCCCACACCACCAUCACCAUGGCCGUCAUGUGUGUGGCUGGCCUCUUCUUCAUUCCUGUCAUCGGCCUCACUGGCUUCCAUGUGGUGCUGGUCACUCGGGGGCGCACCACCAACGAGCAGGUGACUGGAAAGUUCCGCGGGGGCGUGAACCCCUUUACCCGAGGCUGCUAUGGGAAUGUGGAACAUGUGCUAUGCAGCCCCCUGGCACCCCGGUAUGUGGUGGAACCACCCCAGCUACCGCUCUCCAUGAGCCUGAAGCCUCCCUUCCUUCGGCCUGAGCUCCUGGAGCGCACUGUACCACUCAAGGUCAAGCUUAGUGACAAUGGGCUGAAGGCAGGCCUUGGCCGAAGCAAGUCCAAAGGCAGCCUGGACAGGCUAGAUGAGAAGCCACUGGAUCUGGGGCCCCCACUGCCUCCAAAGAUGGAGGCCAGCAGCUUUGGAGGUGACUUGAAGACCCCACGGCCUGCCAGCGCUGAGAGCGCCCUGUCGGUACAGAGGACCAGCCCCCCAACACCUGCCAUGUACAAAUUCCGGCCAGCCUUCCCCACAGGUCCAAAAGCACCCUUCUGUGGGCCUAGCGAGCAGGUCCCCGUGUCAGGUCCUGACUCCUUGACCCUGGCAGAUGACAGCACCCACAGUCUGGACUUUGUGUCUGAGCCCAGCUUGGACCUCCCUGACCAUGGCCCAGGUGGCCUGCACUCAGCCUACCCGCCAUCCCCGCCGCUCAGUGCCACCGAUGCCUUCUCGGGUGCUUUGCGCUCCCUGAGCCUCAAGGCUGCCAACCGGCGGGGUGGGAACCAUGUGGCCUUGCAGCCCCUACGCUCUGAGGGAGGGCCCCCCACACCCCACCGCGCCCUCUUUGCCCCCCAUGCUCUACCCAACCGAAAUGGCAGCUUGUCCUAUGACAGUCUGCUUAACCCUGGCUCACCCAGCAGCCAUGCGUGUCCAGCGCACCCCUCAGUUGGUGUAGCCAGCUACCGCUCACACUAUUUGCACCCUGGGGCAGGGGGUGACCCACCACGGCCCCCGCCCCGCAGCUUCAGUCCUGUAUUGGGCCCCCGGCCUCGGGAGCCCUCUCCUGUGCGCUAUGACAACCUGUCUCGGACCAUCAUGGCCUCCAUCCAGGAGCGCAAGGACAGGGAGGAGCGAGAGCGGCUGCUGCGCUCCCAGGCUGACUCGCUGUUUGGUGACUCGGGUGUCUAUGAUGCACCCAGCUCCUACAGCCUGCAGCAGACCAGCAUGCUUUCCGAGGGCAGUCGCGGCCCCAUGCUGCGCUAUGGCUCCAGAGAUGACCUCGUGGCUGGGUCUGGCUUUGGUGGUGCCCGCAACCCUGCCCUACAGACAUCCCUGUCCUCACUGAGCAGCUCCAUGAGCCGGGCACUUCGGACAUCCUCCUCCUCCCUGCAGGCAGACCAAGCCAGCAGCAAUGCCCCAGGGCCCCGGCCAGGCAGUGGCUCACACAGGUCGCCUGCUCGCCAAGGGCUGCCCUCUCCACCUGGCACUCCCCACUCACCCUCCUAUGCAGGCCCCAAAGCUGUCGCCUUCAUCCACACGGACCUCCCAGAACGGCCACCCUCACUGGCUGUGCAGAGGGACCACCCUCAGCUGAAGACCCCCCCAAGUAAGCUUAAUGGGCAGUCCCCAGGCCUGGCCUGGUUGGGGCCUGCUGCUGGCCCCCCAGGGCCCUCCGCCAGCCCUGCCCGGCACACGCUGGUUAAGAAGGUGUCCGGCGUGGGUGGGACAACGUACGAGAUCUCGGUGUGAGAACUGACUACCACCUGUCUGCCGUGGCGCCACAGGGACCAGGACCCCAUGGUGGUUCCCCCUACCCCCACCGACUUCUUUGCCCCAGGGAGAGGCCACCACCCAAGCCUGGUGUGGACGCAUCAGCAGGAGAGAGCCUCGCCUCCACAGCUUGUCCCAGCACCCGCUGCCAGUCCGUCCAUUCAUCUUCUCACCAGGAAGUUGGGUCCCAGGGCAAAGCUGGGCCUAGGAUUGCCAGGCUGUGCUGUGGGGCUGUGUGUCUGCCCCUACUGUGGCAAUGAGGGGGACCCAAUUUGCUUUCCCCAUUGGUGAAGCUCAACUCCACCACUUUGUCACCCUUGUGCCCCUAGGCCAGUCUCCAGCGAUUCUACUGGUCUACCUGCUCCCCUUAUAGAUGGGUCACGGUGGCCCUCUCCUCCCAGCUGCUCCUAACACGUUGCCUUUCCCCAACUGGCUGGCAGCUUGCAGCUUGUCAAGGCUGAUGCUUCUGCAGCCCUGGCCUGCUCUGGGUUGUGAUGGAUGGGUGGACAGACAGGCAGCCUCCUGUGGUGGGCUCCCAGCUCCGUGUGUUCCAUCUUGCCUGGCCUGUGGGCUUGUCCCCCCAUGUCUGUGUGCUGUGCUGCCGUGCCACGUCCAAUGUGUUUGCUCGGCUGCCACUGUCCCUUUCAUUGAAGCCUUAACUUCUGCUUUAUGCUCUUGUGGGGGUCAAUGGGGGCCAGAGGGUGUGGGAGCAGGCAUGUGGGCCAGAUACCACCCCGGGGAGCCCCACCUGGAGCCCCACCCCCAUCUCUCAGGCCCUCCCUGCCAAACUGGAGACUCCCUACCCCAAAGCAUAUGAAGUCCCUGGCCUUGGCCUGGCCAGUGUCACGUGGAAAGCACAUUGGAGAUGGGGGGUCAGUGCUUCCCUGGCAUCAGGGACCUGAGAGUAAGCACAUGGCAGCGUCUGCUUGCGUUGUGUCUGUUUUAUGUUUUUAUAUCUACAUCUAUAUAUCUAUAAUUUUAUUAAAAAAAGAAAAAGUCA